AUGCGGCUCCAUCGGCACUUCAAACGACGUCAUGGGUUCCGCCCGAAGUUUCCGGCCGGCGUGGCUUGGCGCCGCCACUUCGGGAACAAUGAGCAACGUCACGGUUGGGCUGGACUGGCUGAACUGGGAACGGGCUUCGAGAACAGGAUUGAUUCCAUGUGGUCACGGGAUGUUUUAUUCUUUCUUUUGAGCGCAGGUGAGAGGUGGGAAGCGUUGUGGGUUGGGGGCCACUGGAGGAAGAGGAAGAGGAAAGGAAAAUGUGGUGAUAAGUGGAGAUUCGGUGCUUCGACGGCGGGAUAG